GAGCUCGCUGAUUGGACGCUGACUGCAGCAGCAGCUCGAGCGCAGGUGCACAGCGGCUCAUUGGGCAGAAAGCGUCCGCGGUCACAGUCCGCUGCUCAGGUAUGAGUGAGUCCCGGUGCUGAGCGGACCGUUUCCGGCUGCCGGCUGACGACAGGUGCGCUUCACGUGUUCGAGCCUCCCGCCUCGCGCCCCGCGCCCCGCGCCCAGCUGUUUGGAUGAGUUUGAGUCGCAGCGCGCACGAUGCUGAGCGCCGUUAAGAUGGAGGGACACGAACAUCCGGACUGGAGCGGCAGCAGCUACUACGCAGAGGCCGAGUGUUACACCGCAGCGGGCAGCAUGAGCUCCGGUCUGUCCGUGAACUCCAUGAGCAGCUACAUGAGCGCGCCCGCCAUGACGGCCACCGGACACAUGAACGCGCAUUUUGUGAACCCGGUCGGCCACUCCUCGAUGCCCGGCGGGGUGCCGCAGAGCCCCGGGGCGGCCGGGAUGACGGGUCUGGGCCCCAUGAGCCCGCCGUCGUACGGGAACAUGCCGGUGAUGAGCCCGGUGUACAGCCAGGCCUGCGGCAUCAGGUCCAGGGAGCCCAAACCGUACCGGCGGAGCUACACGCACACCAAGCCGCCGUACUCGUACAUCUCCCUGAUCACCAUGGCCAUCCAGCAGUCCAGCAGCAAGAUGCUGACGCUCAACGAGAUCUACCAGUGGAUCAUGGACCUGUUCCCGUUUUACCGGCAGAACCAGCAGCGCUGGCAGAACUCCAUCCGGCACUCGCUCUCCUUUAACGACUGCUUCAUCAAGGUGCCCCGCUUACCGGACAAACCCGGGAAAGGCUCCUUCUGGGCCCUCCACCCGGACUCGGGCAACAUGUUUGAGAACGGCUGCUACCUGCGGCGGCAGAAGCGCUUCAAGAGCGGGAAAAAGCCCGGAGCAGGUGACAAGGAGGCGGCGGGGAAGCCGGGCUCGGUGAGCACCAGCAGCAGCGGCUCCGACUCCCCGCACUCCUCGUCCUCUCCUCCCCCUCCUCCACCUCCACCUCCACCUCAACCUCCGUCCUCAGAUGGAAAAGCAGCCGGGGUCGACCUCAAACCGCACAGGCCUGAACUGCUGCCCUGCAGCCCCGUGCGCGUGCCCUCCCCGCAUGCGCACACCCAGCACCUGUUCUCCCAUCACCACCAUCAACACCACCACCACCACCCGCUGCUGCUGCACGAGGCCGCGCACCUGAAGGCAGACCACUACCACCACUACUCCUUCAGCCACCCGUUCUCCAUCAACAACCUCAUGUCCGAGCCGCAGCACCACAAACUGGAGCCGGUGUACGGAGGCUACGGCUGCCCGGUGUCCGGGGCGCUGGUGGCGGCCAAAACCGGCCUGGACCCCGCUCACAACGACCCCAGCUACUACCGCGGAGUGUACAGCAGGCCCAUAAUGAACUCCUCCUGAAAUCCGACGGACUUUUUACAGUCAAAUCAUUUCUGAACGAAGGUGUUUUGUCGAGGAUAUCUGAAAUGUUUUUUCACAGUUCAUCGUUUGUCAUUUGUGUGUUUGUACGUGUGAAACAGAUAAAAGUCUUUAUAU